AUGAAUGGAAACGAAUUGGAGAGUGAGGAACCUGAAAAGUCUGGCAAUGUAUUGGAUGAUGAUAGUAACCAUGAUGAUCAAAUAGUAGAGCCGAAACUUGGUAUGAUGUUUGAAAGUGCUGAUGAAUUAUUUGAAUUUUAUAAUAACUAUGCAUACAGGAAAGAAUUUUCUAUUAAGAAACGAACAUGUAAAAAGGAAAAUGGAGUACUAGUACAUGUAAGUUAUACUUGUUCCAAAGAGGGGAAGAAUAUUACAGCUUCAAACACUCCGUUAAAUCUCCCUCCAACACAAAAGACUGGUUGCAAAGCCAAAAUAUCAGCGAGAUUGUGUGCAGAUGAUAAAUGGAUGAUUAGCAUUAUUUCUCUUCAACAUAACCAUUUGAACAGUCCAUCAAAAGCUCGACAUUUGAGAGGCCACAAAAGAAUCAACACGACAGCAAAGAAAAGAGUCUUAUUAAACGACAAAGCAGGAAUCAGGAUGUGUAAGACCUAUGGUGCAUUAGCGGUUGAAGGUGGUGGCUAUGAAAACCUCCCAUAUGAUGAAAAAACUCUAAGGAACAUGAUUGUUAGAGAAAAAGUUUUAGAACUUGGAGAAGGAGAUGCUACAGCACUUUUGGAUCACUUUACAAACAUGCAAAAUAAGGAUCCAAAUUUCUUCUACAGGCUGGACAUAGACGGAGAAGGCCGUUUGAAAAAUGUGUUUUGGGCUGAUAACAAAUAUAGAGAAGCUUACAAAGAAUUUGGUGAAGUUGUCACCUUCGACACCACAUACUUGACAAACAAGUAUGACAUGCCUUUUGCUCCGUUUGUUGGGGUUAAUCAUCACGGACAAUCAAUUUUAUUUGGAUGUGGGUUGCUUUCUAAUGAGGAGAAAGAAACUUUUGCUUGGUUAUUCAAAGCGUGGCUCGACUGUAUGAAUGGAGUUGCUCCAGGUGGUAUAAUUACAGACCAAGCUGGUGCUAUGAAAAUUGCCAUUGAGCUAGUUUUCAAGGAUACCAAGCAUCGAUGGUGUUUGUGGCAUAUAAUGAAGAAAAUACCAGAAAAGCUAAGGAGGUAUGAUAACUACGUAAGGAUUAAAUCUAGGAUGAAAAAAGCUAUCUAUGAUUCACAGUGUCCUGCUGAAUUUGAAGAACGUUGGAGUGAAAUGUUGGAAAAGUAUGAAAUCUUGAAACAAAAUAAAUGGCUGAGCAAACUAUAUAGGGAGAAAGAUCGAUGGGUACCUUGUUUUGUGAAGACCACAUUUUGGGCUGGGAUAUCCACUACACAACGAUCUGAGAGUAUGAAUGCAUUUUUCGACGGGUAUGUUCAUUCAAGAACAUCUCUGAAGCAAUUUGUUGAAAAAUUUGAUAAUGCAUUGAGAUACAAAAAAGAAAAGGAGCUUAAAACAGAUGCUAGAUCGUUUUCUAAAACUAUCCCAACCUCAACCAUGGAGAAGUGCACAUUUACCCAAUGUCGCACCUACAUACGACGAUUCUGCCAUUUCUUUGCAAACAAAUUUGAGUGGCUGGUUUACUCAAAAGAAAAAUUAGUUAUGUUUGAAAAUCUGAAAUUUGACGUUUUUAUGUUGUUUGACAAUAAGUUUAAUCACAGACCAGUUUAA